GUGUGCCGUGGUGUCCGCUGGUCGUGGUUCCCUCGACUUGGCCUCUUGUGGGCGAGCGUUUCGGGGCCUGCGGGGCUGGGCGCCGUCCGGCCCGGCCGGCAGCCAGCGCGAGCGGGUUGUCUGGGCGAGGGUUGGCGCAGGCCGGGCGGAGGCUGGAAGUGGGACCCCCGAGCUCGAGCUGUGGAGCCCGCGGCCUGGGCCGGAGUGGCCGAGCGGCCGGCGGCGGUGCAGUGCCCGACCGUCUGCAGCGCGCGGCAUAGCGAGUUCCCGGGAGAGCCGUGGGCCUGAAGGGAGUUUGUGCCGUAGGCCCAGAGCCGGCUCCUCGGUCCCAGUGGCUUCGGGAGGCGCAGCGGAGGGACCCGAGAGAGGAGCGCGCCGGAGGAGCAGCCCCCGGACCGGAGCCUCGGGAGCCCGGGGCCGGUCAGCUAGUCUCCACGGGGUCCGCCUCCACUGUCACAGUCCUGCACGGUGUUCCAAGAGCAGCGGAAAAUGAAUCAGCCCCUGGUCCGCCUCCACUGUCACAGUCCUGCACGGUGUUCCAAGAGCAGCGGAAAAUGAAUCAGCCCCUGGUCCGCCUCCACUGUCACAGUCCUGCACGGUGUUCCAAGAGCAGCGGAAAAUGAAUCAGCCCCUGGGGCCAGUGUCAUUCAAGGACGUGGCUGUGGACUUCACCCAGGAUGAGUGGCAGCAGUUGGACCCUGAGCAGAAGACAACCUACAGGGAUGUGAUGCUGGAGAACUACAGCCACCUCGUUUCUGUGGGGUGUCACAUUAUCAAACCGGAAGUUAUCACCAAGUUGGAGAAAGGAGAAGAGCCAUGGAUAGUGGGAGGAGAAUUCCUACUUCAGAGUUACCCAGAAGAAGACUGGGAAGCCCAUGAUCUGAUAGAGGGAGCCCAGGAAAAUGAAGACAAACAUUCAAGGCAAACCGAAUCUGUCAACAACAAAACCCUGAUUGAAGAGAGAGGUAAUGUUUUUGGUAAGACUUUUAAUGUGGAAACAAACCCUGUUCCUUCAAGAAAAAUAUCCUGUAAAUGUGACUCAUGUGGAAAGAGUUUAAAAUCUACUUCAGAAUAUAUUAGUAGUGAUGGAAGCUAUGCAAGAAUGAAGCCGGAUGAAUGUAGUGCAUGUGGGAAAUCACUUCUCCAUGUUAAGCUUGAAAAAACUCAUCCAGGAGAUAAACCUUAUGAAUUUAAUCAAAAUAGGGAGGCUUAUGCUCUAAAUGAAGGAAGUAUUUAUCAGAACAUUCAUAUUUUAGAGAAACCCUUUGAAUAUAUGGAAUAUCAGAAAGCCUUUCAAAAGGGUACAGUGUUUGUUAAUCAUAUGGAGGAGAAGCCCUACAAGUGGAACGAAUCUGAAAUAGCCUUUCUCCAAAUGUCAAACCUCAGUGUGCACCAGAGAGCUCAUAUGGAAGUGAAGCCCUAUGAAUGCAAUGCAUGUGGGAAGUCCUUCUGUAAAAAGUCAAAAUUUAUUAUACACCAGAGGACUCAUACAGGAGAGAAACCUUAUGAAUGUAACCAAUGUGGGAAAUCCUUCUGCCAGAAGGGAACCCUCACUGUACAUCAGCGAACACACACAGGGGAGAAGCCCUAUGAAUGUACUGAAUGUGGGAAAACUUUCUAUCAGAAGUUACACCUCAUUCAACAUCAGAGAACUCACUCAGGAGAGAAGCCCUAUGAAUGUAGUUAUUGUGGAAAAUCAUUUUGCCAGAAGACACAUCUCACACAACACCAGAGAACACAUUCAGGAGAGAGACCCUAUGUUUGUCAUGACUGUGGAAAAACCUUCUCCCAGAAGUCAGCACUUAAUGACCAUCAGAAAAUUCACACAGGCGUGAAACUCUAUAAGUGCAACGAGUGUGGGAAAUGUUUCUGCCGCAAGUCUACUCUGACUACACACCAGAGGACACACACAGGAGAGAAACCCUACGAGUGCAAUGAAUGUGGGAAAUUCUUCUCUCGGUUGUCAUAUCUCACUGUACAUUACAGAACUCAUUCAGGAGAGAAGCCCUAUGAAUGUAACGAAUGCGGGAAAACCUUCUACCUGAACUCAGCCCUCAUGAGACAUCAGAGGGUCCACACAGGAGAGAAGCCCUAUGAAUGUAAUGAAUGUGGAAAGUUAUUCUCCCAGUUGUCAUACCUCACUAUACAUCAUAGAACUCACUCAGGCGUGAAACCCUAUGAAUGUAACGAAUGUGGGAAGACCUUCUACCAGAAUUCAGCCCUUUGUAGACAUCGGAGAAUACAUAAAGGAGAGAAGCCUUAUGAAUGUUACAUAUGUGGGAAGUUCUUCUCUCAGAUGUCAUACCUCACUAUACAUCACAGAAUUCAUUCAGGAGAGAAGCCCUAUGAAUGUACUGAAUGUGGGAAAACCUUCUGCCAGAAUUCAGCUCUUAAUAGACAUCAGAGAACACACACAGGAGAGAAAGCCUAUGAGUGUUAUGAAUGUGGGAAGUUCUUCUCUCAGAUGUCAUAUCUCACUAUCCAUCAUCGAAUUCAUUCAGGAGAGAAACCUUUUGAAUGUAACGAAUGUGGGAAAGCCUUCUCUCGGAUGUCAUACCUUACGGUACAUUAUAGAACUCAUUCAGGAGAGAAGCCCUAUGAAUGUAACGAAUGUGGGAAAAAAUUCUACCACAAAUCAGCCUUCAAUAGCCAUCAGAGAAUUCACAGGAGAGGGAAUAUGAACGUACUUGACGUGGGAAGGCUUCUCUGAAGUCACACCUCAUUUAAUGUCACAGAACCCUCAAUAUUCCUACCAUCCUAAGAUCACACAGGUGAGUGUAGACAAGCCUUCGAGCAUUAUAGUCAGACUUGGAAUCGGAAGUUCACAGGAUGGAAACCACAACUGUAACUAGGCCCCAUGAUGGGUUGACAAAAGUAAAAAUUUAUUGAUACUUAAAUUGUACAUAGUUUCACCAUGGAUUCAAACUGUUUCACAUAUCAGGGAAUUCAGACCAAGGGAAAAUCUCUCAACUUAAGGAAUGUGGAGAACAUAUUCUGUUGGAAAUUAUGAAUACUGAAAGUUAUGUUUCUGAUAAAAUAUGAAGUUUUUUGUAAAAAAGGAGCCGCAGAAGAUGGCUGUUGUGAAUAAAUAUGCUCCUUAUGUAAAUAGAAGCUGUAAAGUUGUCAGGUAGCUAAUCAAGACAGCAACAUGGCAACAUUAAGCUCAUAUAUGAGUGGGUCCUGAGGAUGUAGGACUAAUGCUUUUGAGGGUGUUUUGGUCUGUUUGUUUGCUUAAGAUGCUGCAUUACAGGAAUUGUUCAGUUUGAAUCAUGUUUGAAAAGGCAUCCUAUUCUUAUUAGAAUAAUUUCUAAGGCAUAUGGUAAAGACCCAUUUUAAGUAGCACCACUAUGUUAGUAUCUUAAUAUGCAUUGUUACUGAACUAAUAUUUGAAAGAUAAGAAGUAUGCUUCUUUUUGUAAUCUUCCCUGGCAUUUAUAAAUGCAUUUUAUCAUUGGUAAUGAACUAAGUCUUCCAUAAGGGAGCCAGUGUUUUUAAUAAUGUUUUCAACUGUAUCUGAAUUAGCAAGAGAUAGAAAUCUAUGCAAAAAAUAGAAAAUGGCAUAGAUAAUUUACAACUGUUAAUGCCAGAAGUCUGUAGUGAGGAACAUAGGACUCAUUGCACUCAGUACAGUUUUUUAGCUGAACCUAAAAUAGUUUCAUUUUAAUCUAAUUUUUUCCACCUACGGUUUUUUAUUUAGAUCCCUACCUAAGUGUAAGUGUGCAGAGCACACAUAAUGUGUAACCUAGGAAUUAAUUUUAUUUGAUACGAUGGUAUUUUUAAACACUGUGCUUUGCUCCUUCCUGAAUGGAUUAAGAGUGGGUUCAUAUGGCUUUGUAGCUGGCAUUGUUUGGGUGACCACCCUAGUCACUCGCUCCUUAUUGUUGGCUGGCCAAGUUUGGGUAUCCAUUUCUCCUGACAGAACAGAAAAAUCCUGAUUAGUUUCAGCCAAUAAUGAUAAUCCCUUUCUCAUGGCCAGCAACUGGUUUAGAGUGGUCCAAGGACCCAUUCUAGACAAAUAAAGGAAACAUCUGACAGGUUAUUUCUGGAAAAGUUUUCUUCAAAGCUUCAAGGAAUCAUGCUGGGUGAAAUGGAACCUUGUUGAACUUUUCCUGCUCUGGAAUGUGAUGCCUGGCUCUGUCUUUCAGCAGUGAAUUAUGAUAUAAUUUGCACAUGGCAGAGCAGAAAGAUUGGAAGAACCUGGGACCUGGGCAAUGCUCUUGAGCCACUGAACCAGCCAGCCAUGUAGCCAUUCCACCUCUGGACUGUUUCUUUUCUGAAAGACUAAAUUUAUUUUUAAGAUGAUUGAUUUAGGUUGUUUUUAGGGAUAACUAAAGAGUUUGUAGGAGUUACGCGAUUGAGAAGUGGACUUUAGGCAAAUCAUUUAUUUUGAGCUGUUGAUUUCAAAAUUACCUUAUUUUCUGUAAAUUUUGGUGUAAAUAGUUUAAGCAUUAGAAAACCUGAAACCAUUAAAUGUGUAUGUUUUUCUAAAUUAUGUUACUGACCUAAGAACCUCUGGAACCUGAUACGAUGUCAGGUGUAUCUAUCUUUUGGUAAUGCAUGACAUAAAUUUUGUUUAGGUUAAUUUGUUAUUCAUGGAUCAUUGCUACCAUGUUGUUGACAAUAUAUGGCGUCAGGUAAGGACCUACUUCUGUUGUCCAGUGAUUAGCCUGAUAGCCUGUAUUAUUUGAGUAAUUCACCCCUUACCACGGAGAUGAAAUGCCAUGCUUGUCAUGUAUUUCUGUCACUCAUGGCACCUGUUUUUUGUGCUUAUCACUUUUCCACCAUAUUUGUCUAGAUGAUCUUGAGUCUGCUACAUAACAGGAAUUAAAAUUCUGGUAGAGUGUAUAAUAGUUUUGUGUAGCAACUAUAUUUGUUGAAAUGAUAUUUGCCUCUGCAAAUACACUAGAGGGAAGUAGCUUAAAUAAACAGUAUGCAUUUUAAGUAAAA